AUGCGAGCAAUUUACAUGGUGACGACGCGAUUGAGCUCAAGCUUGAGGCCUAUUCUUCUCGACUUCGUUUUUUGUUCGCCUCGUAAGUUCAGUAACCCUAAGCGACUGAUCUGUGCUGCGACGAAAUUGAAUGGAGGAGGAGGAGGAAGGUCUGGUUCAAUUGUGGCUCCAUUGGUGGUGAAUGAAGACUUUCAGAGAAUCGAUGUCAAUCCUCCUAAAGGAACUCGUGAUUUCCCUCCUGAAGAUAUGCGUCUCCGUAACUGGCUCUUCAACCAUUUCAAAGAGGUCUCACGGUUAUUUGGGUAUGAGGAAGUGGAUUUUCCAGUACUGGAAACGGAGGCAUUGUUCAUCAGAAAAGCAGGGGAGGAGAUUAGAGACCAAUUGUACUGCUUUGAAGAUAGGGGUAAUCGGCGUGUAGCAUUGAGACCUGAGCUUACGCCUUCUUUAGCGAGGCUUGUGAUACAAAAAGGAAAAUCAGUUUCCCUUCCAUUGAAGUGGUUUGCUGUUGGGCAGUGUUGGCGCUAUGAGAGAAUGACUAGAGGAAGGCGACGUGAGCAUUAUCAGUGGAAUAUGGAUAUUAUUGGUGUGCCUCAAGUAACAGCUGAAGCAGAGUUAAUUUCAUCUAUAGUCACCUUCUUCAAGCGAAUUGGGAUCACUGCAUCAGAUGUUGGUUUUAAGGUUUCAAGCCGCAAGGUUUUACAAGAAAUGCUAAGAAAGUAUGGUGUACCUGAAAACUUGUUUGGACGAGUUUGCGUCAUUAUAGACAAGAUAGAAAAGAUCCCAGUUGAUGAGUUAAAAAAGGAACUUGGUUCGACGGGAAUAUCAGAAGAUGCAAUUGAGCAGUUAUUGCUAGUGCUCUCUGUGAAAUCCUUGGAUGAUUUGGAAGAGAUACUUGGUGGAGCAGGCGAAGCCAUUGCGGAUUUGAAGCAACUCUUCUCACUUGCUGAAAAGUUUGGUUAUUCUGAGUGGAUACAGUUUGAUGCAUCCGUUGUACGUGGUCUGGCUUAUUACACUGGUAUCGUCUUCGAGGGAUUUGAUCGAAAAGGAAAGCUGCGAGCUAUAUGUGGUGGUGGAAGAUACGACAGAUUACUCUCCACUUAUGGAGGUGAUGACAUCCCUGCUUGUGGUUUUGGUUUCGGCGAUGCUGUAAUUGUUGAAUUGCUUAAGGAGAAGGAUUUGUUGCCAGAAUUGGGACAAGAGAUUGAGAACAUUGUGUGUGCUUUGGACAAAGAUCUCCAAGGAGCUGCAGCCACCGUUGCAACCGCUCUUAGAAGCAAAGGCCAAACCGUUGAUUUGGUAUUGGAGUAUAAACCACUGAAAUGGGUAUUCAAGAGGGCUGAUCGAGUAAACGCAAGAAGACUGGUUCUGGUUGGGAAGAAAGAGUGGGAAGAUGGUUCGGUAAGUGUCAAGGUCUUGUCUUCAGGUGAGCAGUUCCAAGUCAAACUCAAUGACUUAGAGUAG